GACAGAGGCAGGCUUAGCUCGACCGGACGACCACCGCGGUUUGGCCGCUGGGUUUUCGGUUAAGCAGUGGGGGUGGGGCGGCAUUGAAUAAAGGGUUGUGUGAUAAGAUAUUUGUAGUUUACGUCAGCUUAUGUCAAGUUGCGAUGAUUAUUCAAAGUUGCGGCAUUUCUUUCAGAAUCGGAGUACUAAGAACACGUCUCGACGUUAUCCACUGUAAACACCGCGCCCCAUUUCGCCUCAGGCCGAGCUGAGGUCGUCGGGCAAGCGCGGAGCUCGGGCCGGGGUUCCCGCUGCCGCCGCGCCGGCCGGCCGGGUCCAGGGUGUCGGGUCGGCCCGUUCCGCGGCACGGCGCCACCUGCCCACCUGAGCGGGGUGCCGCUGGACCGGCCGGCACACCGCGCUCAGUCGGCCCCCGAACUCAGCGGCGCUCGCAGUCCACCUCUGAGCCCUGCACGAUGGCACUGCGCGCCCACUGUCUGCUGGCGGCCCUGCUGCUGCCGCUGGCCGCCCCCGCCCCCGCCCCCGCCUCGCCGGCCGAGAGGACCAACAUCGCGCAGAGGAAACAGAUCGCGGCGCCCGAGGUGCUGCUGAGAGCAACUGUGCCACCCGCAGGCGAGGUGACACAGAGCAUCGACGUCUCGGACACCACGCAGGCGCUGGUGUGCUCGCAGAUCUUUGGCGUGCUGCCGUACCGCGCCUUCCGCCGCCAGAGGUUCGACUCGUUCACUAGCUGCAUGUGCGUGACCGACCUGACCGCCGUCUGCCAGCCCGACACCUUCUACCCGACCGUGGCGCCCGGCACACCCGAGGCGGCGCUGGCGCAGGAGCACAGCGCCUUCGGCGGCGACAAGUUCAUCGAGGUGCUGAACGCCUUCUCCGUGCAGCAGACGUGCUUCUUCGAGCACCUGCGCGGCCAGAAGCUGUCGCCGCCGCGGCCGUGCGCCUUCUCGUGGGCGCGCGACGACCGGCCGGCCUGUGACUGUGCCCAGCCGCCCGAGCCGCCUGCCGAGGUCGAGACGGCACAGGUGGAGGCGGUGGCGCCCAUGGACGACACCAAGCCGGCUGCUGAAGCCCCGGCUCCUGAGGUCCCAGCCUCUGAGGCCCCAGCCCCUGAGGUCAUGACUCCUGAGGUCAUGACUCCAGAGGUCAUGACUCCAGAGGCCUCAACCUCUGAGGCCCCGACCACCACUUCCCAGGCGCCAGUGGUGACCGAGCGAGCCACGAAGGACGCCGUCCAGUCCGUGGAGAGAAGCGAACAGGCGCAGAGCGCGACCUCCGAGCUGCAGGAGGUCAGCUCCUCGGAGUUGCCCGGUCAAAGGGCCGCCGAUCUGGGUGAGGAGCGUCGCGGCCCCGUGGUGGCCGAGGAGUCCCACCUGAGGCGGGCCCGGUCCGCGCGCCGACACUAGAUGGGCAGACGGACAGCGAGCUUCAGAGAUUGACAUUGAAAGGGUCGUCUAACCGUUAAACCAAUCGAGCUGCUGAGCAUAAGUAUGCUGAGUAUGUGUAUAACAAUGCAAAUGCCGCUCCGGUAUGAGCUAAAGCGCGACUGACUCUCACCUCAUCCGAGUUGGAAAAACACUGUGGACCGUCAGAUAAGCAAAACCUUCCUUCAGCGCAUGCGACAGACGACCAAAAAUACCGAACUCAGUUGGUCGUCACGUCCCUUGUCGAGCCCGGUGCCUCCCAAUGUCACAGACGACGGCAGAAUACCGACAGUUGGAUUUCUGUUGCUGCAUUCCCUCUCUGCGGUGGCGCGGCGCGACAGGCGGCAACGUCCUAACAUAAUGCUGCAAAAGUGCUGCGAACCGGAUUGGAUCCGCCCACGCGUCGUGAAUGAAGAGACAAGUCGACAAGGUCAAGGCGCAUCAGCCCGGCCACGCCAACGGCCGUCCGCGAAACACCGGACGUGAAUCUGAUAGAUCGGAGAUUCGGUGCUGCACCCGGGUGCAGGGUGGUUGCAGAUACAGUGAGUAGGCGAUGUUUGUAGGACGGCAUUGUGCUAUUUUAUGGUGUGCCACUGCUUGCGACAUCGAGCGAGUUCAUUUUUAGCUGCGGGACCAUUCUAAAAAUAUGAAGGUUGUGCAUAGUGGCACGCGCACGGCGUGCUUAAGACUGAUAAGAAGUUAGUGGUGUGCUUAGCUACUGUUACUCCAUUGUAAUGGGCAUUAUUCCUUGACGCUAAGUUGAAGUGAUGCAAGAGUCUCGGAGAUUUCGAGUCUCGUGAUGGUGUUCUCUUGUAUUUUGUACACAUGCGGAGCGCCAAGUGGUAAACAAAAUAUAUUACACUGAACGAGA